AUGAAGUUUGUUUCAUUAGUUAAUGUUGUCACCCUAUAUGGUUUAGUUUGCGCUCAUUUGUGGACAUACCAAAUAUCGCCACCAAGUCAAAUCAUUGAUGGGUAUCGCAAGAUUCUUAACCAUUUGGGAUUAUUCAAAGCUACAAGUAGCAUAGACUCUACAGCACAGCAGCAUUUGACUGUAUACACACAAGCAACAACCUCUUCGGAUACGUCACCACCUAAGUUUGAAGCAUGGCUAGAAAUACAACAGAAUACAUCAUUUCAUGCAAUUUUACAAAACAUCAACAACAAUGGAGUCAUUGUUGCUUCGCCAUCCAAACAUGACCCCAACUACUAUUACCAAUGGAUCCGAGAUUCUGCAAUCACAGUGCGGACUUUAAUUUCAUACCUUGAAGAUCAUUUUGACAAUGACAAUGCUAAAACAUCACAUUUGCACAAUCAUGUGGCUAAUUUGAUUGAGUUGUACAUUUUGAAUAACUACCGAUUACAGAGGACGCCUAACAAACUGGGCAAAUUCACCACUUUAGCGGGACUAGCUGAACCUAAAUUUAAUGUUGAUAUGACGGCAUUCAAUGAACCAUGGGGAAGACCACAACGCGAUGGACCUGGGUUACGAGCAAUGACUAUUAUUCAAUAUAUUGAUUACUUGAAUCGAACUGAAAGCCAAGUGAACCAUCCUGAGUUGCAAAACUUGAAGUAUAUCUAUACAGAGAUUAUCAUACCCGAUUUGCAAUAUAUUUGUCGAUAUUGGAAUAACUCGGGGUUUGAUUUAUGGGAGGAAGUCGACUCGAUUCACUUCUUCACGUCUAUGGUUCAGUUGAAAGCGUUGCAAAUGGGUGUCAAAUGGUCGAGAUAUUUCAAGGACAAUGAAGAAUUUACAACUCAAUUGCUUGACUCGUUCUACACUUUAAAACGACAUAUUGAAAGCGAUUUUGGCUUUGCCUCACUUGGAUUUGAUCAUGUUAUUGAAAGUCCACAAUUGCUAGAAUCAGGUGAGCGGCUGGGAUUGGAUAUAGCUACAAUUUUAGCAGUGAUUUACGCCCAUGAGAAUGACGACAAAGAGCAACAAUCUGAGGAUCCACAAUCGAAUACAGUUCCGUUCAAUGUGUUUAACCCUCAUGUACUUAAUUCAAUAAGUGGGUUAAUUAUUGACAUGAGACAACGGUAUCCCAUAAACAAGAAUCGAUUUGGUGUUGCAUUGGGGAGGUAUCCAGAAGAUGUGUACGAUGGUAUUGGCACUUCUGAAGGUAAUCCAUGGUUCAUCUCCACUUCCACAGCUAGCGAAUUCAUUUACCAAUUCAUCUACAAUCUCCAAUCUCAAAAAUCCAACUGGGUGAUUGAUAAUUCCAACCGUCAAUUUUUCCAACCGUUGAUAAAUAUCACAGGAACUGAAUAUACUCUCGUGUAUAAUUCGUCGGAUUUCAACUUCUUGAUUGAAAAGCUAACCGCAUAUGCUGAUUCUUUUCUUGACGUUGUUCGCACCCACACCGAUUCACAAGGUCGGAUGUCGGAACAAUUCAACAAGAACACGGGGUUUAUGCAAGGAGCGAAAGAAUUGACGUGGAGUUAUAGUGCGGUUUGGAAUGCAAUCCGAUGGAGAAAGAGGGCUCUUGCUAUAUAG